AUGGCUUCUGAAGAUUGGACUACUGUAUAUUCAGCACUGGAUGUGGAUGAGAAAGUAUCAGCUUAUAACUCCAUUAUAAUCAAGAUGCUUGACGAGUUCUUACCAGAAAAAACCAUCAGAGCACAUCACUCUGAUAAACCGUGGAUCACUGGUAAUAUUAAAAUGCAAAUCAAAGCUCCUCAGAAGGCCUUUUCUCGUGGUGAUCAGCCAAGAUACAAACAACUAUGCGAGAAAGUGGCAAAUCUUAUAGCUAAAGCUAAAGCCACCUACUAUCGGUCCAAGGCCUCAGAAUUUCGUACCUCAAAUCAAUCGAAGUGGUAUAACUGUAUCUACUCUUUAGUAAAUGCCGAAAACACAACCCACACCCAAUUUCCACACUGGCCCGAAAACCUAAAUUACUCAAGGAAACGCUGCACGGCAUGGAAUUGUCAAAAUCGCCAAUCAACAUCGCUAUCGAUAAUAUGAAUAAUCAACCAACCAUCACUGACAAUGACUCUGUUGUACUAAUUGAUAUAGAAGAAUCUGAAGUUAACGUAAACACUAAUAUGAAUAAUUUACCAUCUGCGACAGACAAAGAGAAACAAUAUAAUACCCGAGGGCCAGUUGUUAAUGACUCUCUUAUGAAAUCCCAAUAA